AUGUCGGAGACAUCUAGAGAAUCAGCAGUAGAUGCCGGGCCAACUUUCGAAGGUUUUCCCAAACAUCCCAAGCGCGUCAUUUUACGACUUCGUGUGAACGAAUUCGAUGGUCGUAACCCGACAGAGUUUGACCGUGCUAUCAUGGCAUAUCUAGCAUCUGCUGGACGCCCUGUCGAUGAACUCACGCAAAAAAUCCAUCACUCGCAUAUCGAACCUCUCCAACCCCCAGAGAUGAAACAGAGGUCAUUUCAUAUAGUUCCGGAUAUUGAAAAGGAUAUGCUCAGUGAUCCAGACUUUGAGAGAGUAGAGCACGAAGUUCACCGUGUUCACCGAGCUAAGAAUGGUACAUUUAAAGUCAAUCGCAUCUCAAAUCCAGCCGAAGAGCAGAACUUUGGAGGAUAUGUAACUGCAUUUCAUUCAGGAGAACUUUCUUCGAUGACGUCGUGGCGCCAGGCAACUUUUGAGCUUAUUCCCGAUUUUUGUUCUCAAUUAGCUUUGUACUGCAGUUUUGACAUUCGCCACAUGGAGUUGCGAGAUUCACAUGGUUUGGUAACCCAUAACACUGGGACAAAAGAGUGCGAUCACCACCAGCGCCAUGCUGGUAGUCGAGGCGACCAUGAAGGAAAGUUUCAGGAACAGAGUUAA